UGUGAUAUCGUUUGCCUCUACAACUUCCACGACCUAGAUAGGAGUUUUUUCCAAUUCAUCUCUUGCAUCAUCUUGCGAUCCCUGGUACUAUUUCUGGACAAGCAACACAAAGAAAAUGUCGGACAAGCGUUUGGUCGCGAGAAUCCAGGACUGCAUCCGGGAAUCCGACCUGAAGACCGCAGAUUUCGUAGGGGAAAAACUGAGGAAAAAAUUCCCCGAAUACGGCCGCAAGGACCGAAAAACCCUCAGAGGAAUCAUUCAGCAGCAGCUGAACAGCGUGAACAACGGAAGUUGUCUUGGCAAUAAUUCAUCCGCGAAUAAUUAUGCAGGUGGCAAGGCUGCAAAUGGAGGCUCUGCAAAUGCCCUCGUUGUAGGGCUGCAGCAGCGGGGGCCGCAGCAGCUUCCCCUCGUCGUCCCAGGAGCAGAAGGUAGUACUAGAAAUGCAAUACAGCUCGACAAAGACGUGCCCGCACGAAAGAAGCGAAAGACGGAAAGCAAGAACGGUAGUUCUUCAUCCGGGCCGGCAGGAGCUAGUCUUCUUGCAACGGCAGACGCGUUGGGAGCUACUAGUACUUUGUCGAGCCACCUCGCAGAACCUCCAACCUCAAGAGAACAAGAGGAUACCACAGCACCAGUGCAGCGGCCCGUUUCGUCUGGGAUAGAAAGUUCCGGCGGGGAUGAACUGCAACACCAAGCGCAAGAACAAAGUGGCACGACUAGCACAAUAAACGGCAGUAUAAUCUUCGCCUCGUCCGGUCAAGCACCAACCCCAGCGGUUGUCGCUCCCAGCACCGGCGCGAACAGAUCUUUGCUAAAUCUUUACAACAAAGUCGAACCGGCGGCAGCCACGAGUGCGAAUGGUGGUACAAUCGCAGCAAGCUCAUCUACUUCAAAAAAUUUUCAGAACCUUCAGUCAGCGAGAAGCAAUUUGUCAUCUAGCAAGAAGAAUAGCAGUAUGCGAAAACAACAAGCGAUGCAGAAUAGCAGCAACAACCACAACGAGAACAUCAACAACCAAAGCGCAGGAGGCGGGAAUAACAUUACGAACAAUGCUGCCUCCACCACAGCAAACGGUGCAGCAGCUGCAUCCAACUCCGACAAUAAUUCCGCCUCAAAAUUCAAUCCCCAAGACUGCGAAAUCCUCGAACCAAGUUGCACACUCGAUGAGAUGGGAGGGAUUGACGAAUUACAGGAGGAAAUCCGGGAUUUGAUCCUCUACCCGCUCCAGUACCCCGAACUCUUCUCCCAUGUCGGCGCGGAACCACCAACAGGUGUCCUCCUCCACGGCCCGCCAGGAUCUGGGAAAUCUAUGUUGGCAAACGCUAUCGCGGGGACCCUGAAAAUCAAACAUAUUCCGGUCUUUUCCAUCACAAGUACAGAAAUCGUUUCGGGGGUGAGUGGGGAAUCGGAGAACAAAUUGCGGCAGUUGUUCCAAGAAGUGGUCAACCGCGCGGCCCCGGAGAAUUCCGGCGCGGCGUUGCUUUUUUUCGACGAAAUCGACGCGAUUACGCCGAAACGCGAGCAGUCGGAACGGCAGAUUAUCAUUUGUAAAAACGUCCCCACCCCAUAGCUGUCAUGCAAUUCUGCAUGCUGAAGAUGUUUCUCAUGCGGAGCCCCAUGAGAAGCAUCUUCUAGCCGUGUUUCGGGAUUUGUUAUGCUCCAAUCAGCACGUUGCGCUAGAUUUGUGAUGCUAGUGAACGAGCCAAACAGGAUUGCACUCUGAGACCAAACUUGUCAUGCGCAGCAACCAACCCUUGUGGAUUUGUCUAGCAGAUUUCCCAUCUUGACUCUGGGCUGGGGACGUUUUUACACAGGAUACAGAUGGAUCGAAGAAUAGUCGCGCAAUUUUCCCACUGCUUGGACGAGUUGAAGGGGAAAAACGUGAUCGUUUUAGGGGCGACCAACCGGUCGGACGCGAUAGAUUCCGCGUUGCGUCGGGCUGGCCGCUUCGACCGGGAGAUUGCGAUGGGGAUUCCGAAUUUAAAAGCCCGGGAGGCCAUGCUGGAGAAAAUUACGGUGAAUAUGAAAUUGAAGAAGGACUUGUCCUUAGCCGAACUGGCGAAGCAAACGCCGGGCUACGUCGCCGCGGAUCUGGUCUCGUUGACGCAAGAAGCGGCACUGGCGGCGGUGAAGGAUUUCUUCGUCGCAAAGGAGAAGAGUAGUUCUGCUAGUUGUACUUCUGAAGAUAUUUGUGCGGACGGUGUAGCACUACCCACUGCUGGUCGCGCAGAUGAUGUUUCCGCUGUUACAAAAGACAUAAAAGAUGUUGAAGCAGCAGCAGACGAGGACGACGAGGAAGAUGCGGGACUGAGGGCCUUUAUGGGACGAGACAACGACAACGACAAUGCUG